AUGCGCCAGAGUCUCCUUUUGUGUCUUCCCCACCUCAUCUUCUUCCUCGGCGCGCUCGGCCCGCCGACCCAGCAGGAAGGCCUGGACGAUGGCCCCGACUUCCUCUCGGAGGAAGACCGCGGACUUAAAGCAAUAAAUGUAGAUCUUCAAAGUGAUGCUGCGCUGCAAGUGGACAUUUCUGAUGCUCUUAGUGAGAGGGAUAAAGUAAAAUUCACUGUUCACACAAAAAGUUCAUUGCCAAAUUUUAAACAGAACGAGUUUUCUGUUGUUCGACAACAUGAAGAAUUUAUCUGGCUUCAUGAUUCCUUCGUUGAAAAUGAAGACUAUGCAGGAUAUAUUAUUCCACCAGCACCACCAAGACCUGAUUUUGAUGCUUCAAGGGAAAAACUACAGAAGCUUGGAGAAGGAGAAGGGUCAAUGACAAAGGAAGAAUUCACAAAGAUGAAACAGGAACUUUCUAGUGAAUAUUUGGCAAUAUUCAAGAAGACAGUUGCAAUGCAUGAAGUGUUCCUAUGUCGUGUGGCAGCACAUCCUAUUUUGAGAAAAGAUCUAAAUUUCCAUGUCUUCUUGGAAUAUAAUCAAGAUUUGAGUGUGCGAGGAAAAAAUAAAAAAGAGAAACUUGAAGAUUUCUUUAAAAACAUGGUUAAAUCAGCAGACGGAGUAAUUGUUUCAGGAGUAAAGAGUUAUGGUUGUUUAUGUUAUUUACUUUACUUGAUUUGGUGUAUCUCACAUGUUGCAGAUAGCUGUUCAGUCAGUAUUUUUAAAUUAAUGACCAAAUAUAUUCUUGAAACUUUUUCCAUAGGUGCUGCAGAUGAUUACAAUAGAAUUGGUUCUUCAUUAUAUGCUUUAGGAACUCAGGAUUCUACAGAUAUAUGCAAGUUUUUCCUCAAAGUUUCAGAACUGUUUGAUAAAACUAGAAAAAUAGAAGCAAGAGUAUCUGCUGAUGAAGACCUCAAACUUUCUGACCUUUUGAAAUAUUACUUAAGAGAAUCUCAAGCGGCUAAGGAUCUCCUCUACCGAAGAUCUCGAUCACUAGUGGAUUAUGAAAAUGCUAACAAAGCACUGGAUAAAGCAAGAGCGAAAAAUAAAGAUGUUCUACAGGCUGAAACAUCCCAACAAUUAUGUUGUCAGAAGUUUGAAAAAAUAUCUGAAUCUGCAAAACAAGAACUUAUAGAUUUUAAGACAAGAAGAGUUGCUGCAUUUAGAAAAAAUUUAGUGGAACUUGCAGAAUUAGAACUGAAGCAUGCAAAGGGUAACCUCCAGUUACUGCAGAACUGCCUGGCAGUGUUAAAUGGAGACACAUAAGCCACAUUCUACUUCCUAUUAAAAAGGGCUGCCUUCCUUUAAAUCUUAUUUUUGUUUUCUUAAUGAUGUUAAAGCAUUUAUGUUCACUGAAAACAAAACAGCUGACAAAGUGCAUCUACUCUUCUUUUUCUGAGAAAUAGUGGAGCAGCGCUGUGCACCCGUAAUGCCCAUCUGUGUGAUGUGAGGCUGCACUCUGCUCCUCUAGACAGUGAUCUGUCAUCGUACACUCGUCCUACUCAGAAGCCCAAAGUUCGGUCUUUAUUUUUAAGUAGCCUCUAUAACUGUGUUUACUUUAUAAAUAGUAUUCCUUAUGGCUGCCAAUCUUAUUUACCUUUAAAUAAUUUCUGAAGUUUAACCUUUUUAAAAUACAUUGUUCAAACAAGAUAAAGAUUGCCUUUCUGAAUUUUUUUUUAAAUUUCAUUUUUAAAAAGCAUUGUAUACUUUAUUUCAUUCAUUCUUGUAAAGCAUCUUAAUCAAACUUACGUUUAAUUAAUCAACAUAAAAGGUUUGGGCCAGACUUUAUGUAAUCUUUAGAAGUAUGAUUUCUGAAGAAAAGCAAAUGCAUUUGUAUGUUUGCCUUAAACUUGUAGACUAAACCAAUUAUUGUAAAAUAACCAGCGAUAACAGUUAUAGUUUUUAACUUUGUGGUCAUGGUAUCACUCUAAAAUUUUGGAGUAGUUCUAAUAAAUCUACUCCGAUAUUAUGCUUUA